GUGCCCCCGCGCCCUUCUAGCCUAGCCUUGUGCUUCCGCACAGUCCGAGUUUCCGCUUCCCUCCCGGGCGCCGGGUGAGAGGGAGCGAGGCCGAACCUCGGUCCCGGCCGCCGACGCCAUGUGGCCCCCAGACCCAAACCCAGAGCCCGACCCGGACCCCGGGCCCGCCAGCCGCUCCCCGCCCCGCACGGCCGUCUCCGGGCUCUGCGCCCUCCUGCCGGCGCCCGCCUUCCUCUGCUCGCUCAAAGGCCGCCUCCUGCUGGCGGAGUCGGGUCUCUCGUUCAUCAUCUUCGUCUGCUAUGUGGCAUCCUCAGCAUCUGCCUUCCUCACAGCGCCCCUGUUAGAGUUCCUGCUGGCCCUCUUCUUCCUCUUUGCUGAUGCCAUGCAGCUGAAUGACAAGUGGCAGGGCCUGUGCUGGCCCAUGAUGGACUUCCUACGCUGUGUCACAGCCGCCCUCAUUUACUUCGCCAUCUCUAUCACAGCUGUCGCCAAAUACUCAGAUGGGGCUUCCAAAGCAGCUGGGGUCUUUGGCUUCUUUGCCACCAUCGUGUUUGCCGUUGACUUCUACCUGAUCUUCAACGAGGUGGCCAAAUUCCUCAAACAAGGGAGCUCAGCAGAUGAGACCACAGCUAACAAGGCAGAAGAAGAGAACUCUGACUCCGACUCCGACUGAAGGCCUGACCUGCCCUGGCCACCUGAGCCACGCAGGCCUCCACUCCUCCACUCUGACCAGGCUGGCCAGGGGACCGUGCAUGGUGGGAGGGAGCCUGUGACUUCUCAAGCUGCAGUGGGAGUUGCUGGUGGAGCGGGCCUCCUCGCAGCCCCAAGGUGCCGUUCCUGAGCUUAGCAAAUGAGACUGCAGCCCUUGCCUUAGCACUGUCCAACUUCUCUGCUCCUGAGGGCAUCAUCAGUAUUCCGCACUUCUCAUUUCUGUCCUACAGACCUUAAGCCCUUUAACUUCUCUGCCAAAAAUAAGCACAAGGGGACAAGGCAGAUGAAGCCCUGUUACCCCGUCAUAGGAAGUGUUUCCUGCUGCAGGGAGUUGGGGCAAAUGACAGAAAAUACCGCAGGGCCAACCCACCCGGCCCCAGUGGUUUUUCGUCUGCCUCUGGUGCCCCUGGUCAUGCCAGGCACUUUGUCGAGAACGAUCCUUCCGAGAUUUUUCUGUUCAAGGAGCACCAGUUUCCUCUUGUUCUUGAAACAGAAGACUGACCUUUGCCCUAUGACCUAGGAGAGAGUGGGGCCCAGGGCCCUAAACUGACUCCUCACACCCUUGGAGACCGUGUCUUCAGGUGACAUGAUUAUUCUGGGUCUAAAACUGUUUCAAAGAAAAGCUUGUGAACUCGCUGACCAGAUCCAAAAGAUUCAAGGGCACCAAAUGACAUAGUAGUAGUGACAGUGCCCAGGGCAGCUGGGCAGGCCCAGCCAAACCUUCUUUCCCUGGGUGCCAGUGAGCAGUGGGAGGCUCUCGGCCCUCGGGACAGUGUGCUUCUGGACACCAGAGCAGGUGCCCUGACCCUCACAAAGGGUGAAAUGUGCCUUCUGUGUUCACCUAAGGACCAUAUACUGAGCAUCUAUCUUCAGUGGGAUUUUUUUACUUUAUAUAUAAUUUUUUUUUUUUUUAAACACAAAGCAGCUUCUUAAAUGGCAUUUCCUGUGAUCCAAGAGGCCUCGUGAAUGAACCAGAAUCCUGAACCUGUGUUUUGGGCAUUUGUAACCUUUGUUCUUCUCUUGCAUGUGAAUCUCCUACCCUGAAAAAAGCUGUAAGGGAUUAAACCAGACUGAAUUCCUG